AUGUCUGACGAAGAGUUGUUCUCAGAAGAUUCAUAUGAAUUCGAGUUUGAAGAAGACGAAGAAGAACACACCGGAGGUGGUGGAUCAGGGGAUGAGAAUAAUGCCAUUGAUGAGGAUGGGGAAGAUCAAGGGAUAGAGAAUCGAUAUUAUAUGGCCAAAAGUUUCAAAGACGAUGAGGUAGAGAAAGCCAUUGUUGAGUUUAAAAAGAUUAUAGAUUCGUCAAUUGAUGAUGGCGAUAAAGAUGGCAACGAGUGGGUAUUCAAGGCAUAUAAGCAAUUGAUCAAGUUAUACUUGAGUGAGAGCCAACUAGAUAAUGUGUUGACGACAAUGCAACUGACAUUGUUGCUUUUACCACUACUAAGCAAGUCAUAUGUUGAAGAAUCAUUGUCGCGAAUGAUUGUCCGGUUUGCCAAUGUACCCAAUUCUCAAUUUGUUACUCAAAUGUACCGAUUGUUGUUGAGUCAGGAGUAUAUUGACAAAAAUGACAAACUAUGGCUUAAAGUGAAUACCAAUUUGCUUGCACUAUAUUUGGAGACUGGUGAAUUGGACAAGAUUCCUCAUUUAUUACAGAUUAUUUAUGAUAAAUUUCCAAGUAUACCUGAACCAAUUCGGAAAUUGUUUACGUUGGAAAUAAUUGCUGCUGAGAUUGAAUAUCUAUUCAAGAUGGAGGAAUUGGAUAUACCAAAGUUAACUCAAUUGUACAAGCAAAGCAGCAAUUUCACCACGGCAGUAACCCAUCCUAAGAUUCUUGGAGUUAUUGCUGAAUGUGGAGCUCGUGUUCAAUUUUUCAGAGAGGAUUAUGAACAAGCACGAGCUGAAUUUUACAAGAGUUUUAAGAAUUAUGAUGAGGCUGGUGCCCAUGCCAAGAAUAAGAGUUUGAAAUAUCUUGCCUUGUGUUCGUUGUUGUGUAAUAGUGAUUUGGACCCGUUCCAGUCACAAGAAACUCGAACUUGUGCGCAGCUUGCUGAAUUUGAUGAUUUGAAGAGGUUGAUUAAGGCGUAUAAGAAUAUGUCUGUGGUUGAAUUUAAUAGUGUGUUGCAGCAGCAACAAAAACAGCAACAAAAACAGCAACAAGAAGGAGAAGAUGAAGAUGAAGAAGGGAAUGAGUUUUUCAAGGAUGAAAUCUUCAAGCAAGCAAUUACGCAGAUAUUGGAGAAUUUAAGAAUUCGCGUAUUGAUGAAGAACAUUGCGAGUGCAUCUACGCCCUUGCCAUUUACGGAGUUGUACAAAGUCUUGCAAGUUGAAGGAGAUGAGUUUUGUCAGUUGUUGGUGAAGUUGAUGGGUACGGGAAGAUUGAUUGAUGCCAAGAUUGACUUUGAGAAUGAAGUUGUUGUUGUACAUGAACCAGCCACUAGGUUACUUGUACCCACUACAUCCAAGGAAAUAUACUACAAUGUCAAACUAUUGGAUACACUAACCGUGACACAAGAUGAUAGUAUGGUUAUUGAAGAGACUGGGUUGUUGUUUACAGGAGAUCAACCACCCCAGAAUCUUGACCUUUUAUCAAGAAUGUUUUUUGUUAUUGAUAGACCAAAAAAGCCUCAGGAUUGGUUUAAACCGAUUGAAUCUUGGUAUCUGUAUGUGUUGUCAUUUUUGCCUCGCACUUGUCAAUUGGAGGUUAGUCAGCAUGAGCAAGUACUUGAUAAGAUUGAGAAAAGCAAGCAAAAUCAGGAUAACAACAACAAUAGCAGAAGUAGCGAUGCUGUGGCGAAUGAGUUGGCUAAUUUCAAUACUGGUUUAUUAAAUUCAACUUUACAAGAUGCGUAUAAUGAUGAUGAUGACGAGGAUAUAGACGCUGUUGAUGUUAAGAAGGUGCAUUUGUUGCAAUCCUGGGCGAAUGCAUUAAAGAAUUGA